AUGUUUACAUUCGCUGUCCAACUGAUCCCUGGAGGCUUAUUUCUCAUCGGUCUCCUUUUCGUUCGAGAGUCGCCUCAUUGUCUUCUUUCCCGUAGUUGUCGGGAGGAAAGGAUCAAAAUCCCCUGUUGGAUGCGUCAAAUUGAGGAACAUGAUAUCUAUAUCUUAAAAGAAAUCGGAACGAUUGAUCAAACUCUGGAGGACCCUACAGUCUUUAAGAGCCUUGGCGUGAAGGGGACAAAUACCGAUCUCUUCACUACAGGCUUGUUUGGCGUCGUCAAGACAGUUGGACGACGACGUCUGCUGAUGAUCGGUGCUAUGGGAAGUUCGAUCAGUCUCUGGAGUGUGGGAGCUUAUAUCCAAAUAGCUAACCCAUUAAAGAACACUUCUGGGAAGAUGACUAGUGGUAGUAUAGCGGCUGUCUUCUCAUCUCAUUACGGCUUUCUAUACUCCAACAUGGAACGGAAACCCAUGGUUGGCUUUGUUCUGACGACUUCUGACACUGGCUAUACUAACUAUUUCAACCAGAAAGUAUUUGAGAUCAAUGUUAGCCCAUUUUCUCAAACCAGUGCAGCCUGUUAUAACUGGCUUUGA